AUGACUUUAACACUUCGUUCUUCACUUUCUUUCAUCAUUCAGAAAGAAACCAGAUUCCUUAAAUCAUACGAUGAUGUCUCUGCAACACUCACCUUUGCUAAAGUUAAACCAUCUUUUAAUCUUAAAGCCAAGAGUUCAUUGCAAGUAGCACACACCUUCAAAUCUGAAGUAAAGGUCAAUGAGAAAUAUGAGAAGGUGCAUGCUCCAUCAAUUGUUCAUAGUAACCAUGAUGAAUCAAAGAGAGUACCAGUGUUUGUGAUGCUUCCACUUGACACGGUCACAAUGGGAGGAAACUUGAACAAACCAAGAGCAAUGAAUGCCAGUUUGAUGGCUCUGAAGAGUGCUGGAGUUGAAGGGGUUAUGGUUGAUGUUUGGUGGGGUUUGGUUGAAAAAGAUGGACCUUUGAAGUAUAAUUGGGAAGCUUAUGCUGAGCUUGUGCAAAUGGUCCAAAUGCAUGGUUUGAAGAUUCAGGUUGUAAUGUCUUUUCAUCAGUGUGGAGGAAAUGUUGGAGAUUCCUGCAGUGUUCCUUUACCUCCAUGGGUGAUAGAAGAGAUCAGCAAGAACCCUGAUAUAGUUUACACAGACCGAUCCGGAAGGAGGAAUCCCGAGUAUAUAUCAUUGGGCUGUGAUUCAGUGCCUGUGCUAAAAGGAAGAACUCCCCUCCAAGUGUACGCCGACUACAUGAGGAGUUUCCGCAACAGAUUCAGCGAUUACUUAGGCAGUGUCAUCUCGGAAAUACAAGUAGGAAUGGGUCCAUGUGGGGAGCUGAGAUAUCCAUCAUAUCCGGAAAGCAAUGGAACAUGGAAGUUUCCUGGAAUUGGAGAAUUUCAAUGUUAUGACAAGUAUAUGAAAGCAUCCUUGGCAGCCGCAGCCGAGGCUAUCGGAAAGAAAGAAUGGGGAAAAGGCGGUCCCCAUGACUCCGGCCAGUACAAACAGUUUCCUGAGGAUACUAGUUUUUUUAGAAAAGAUGGAACAUGGAACUCUGAAUAUGGACAAUUCUUUCUGGGAUGGUACUCAGGUAAAUUGUUGGAACACGGCGAGAAGAUCCUUGUAUCAGCCAAAGAAAUAUAUCAAAAUUCUGGCGUGAAACUAUCUGGGAAAAUAGCUGGGAUCCAUUGGCAUUACAGAUCAAGGUCGCAUGCAGCUGAACUAACUGCUGGGUACUAUAAUACGCGGCAUAAUGAUGGAUAUCUCCCGAUAGCGAAAAUGUUUGCAAACCAUGAUGUUGUCUUCAAUUUCACCUGCAUGGAAAUGAAAGACAGAGAACAGCCUGAUCAUGCUAACUGCUCACCAGAAGGGUUAGUUCACCAAGUAAAGACGGCGACAAGAAAGGCUAGAAUAGAACUUGCUGGGGAAAAUGCAUUGGAGAGAUAUGAUGCAGGUGGAUACGCGCAAGUUUUGUCAACAAGUAUGUCCGACUCCGGCAGUGGAUUGGCUGCAUUUACAUACUUGAGAAUGAAUAAAAAGUUGUUCGAAGGUGAUAACUGGCGGCACCUAGUGGAUUUUGUUAGAAACAUGUCUGAAGGCGGUAGGAGACAGAGACUUCCAGAUUCUGAUUCAAGAGGAAGUGAUAUUUAUGUUGGGCACAUCAAGAAAACUAAAGAGCAUAAACAAGAGGUUGAGGCUGUUGUUGUGUGA